AUAUUUUUGUUAUCUUGUUUUAGUUAUGUUAUCAAAUCAUUUAUUUAGUUAUGGUAUUAGACUAUUAGUACUAUUCCACAAUGAGUCGUAAAACAAAAUCAUCAUUUGGUCGUGAUUCUCUACAAUCUCGCAGUUCAAUAACUGGUGCAAGUGCAUCAAAACUACCAAGAAGCACACCGUUACCUCAUUCCUCAAGGAAGGUUCUUCCACCCCAUUCCAGCAUCAAAUCAUCAUCGAAAAGAUCUUCCUACUUCGGUGGAUCGGAUCAUCAUGUUGUCAAAGAUACUCGACCUUUGAAUGACAAACCAUACAUGAGGAGAUGUAUUAAUGAGAUUGUUAAUUUUAUUAAAGACCACGGCUACCCGCACCCUAUAACAGCAAAACUAAUGAGUCCACCCACAAAUAAAGAAUAUUUUCGAAUUGUUGAAUUUGUUUAUGGACUUGCCUCACCGGGAUAUAAGAUGAUUGUUCGGCCAGAAGAAGAAAUGUUCAAGCUACUCUCCGAUCAUAACUAUCCAUUCAGUGUGUCAAAAAGUACGUUGAGUAACGUUGGGGCAAUGAGUGCGUGGCCAAAUGCAUUAGGAGCUCUGGAUUGGUUAGUUGACCUGGUCAAGUAUAUGAAAUCCUUGGAGGACGGUGAAAUUGAAUUGGAUGAAAUAUGCUUCGCUGGUGACAAAAAACAAAAGAUGCAUCAUGAAUAUCUUCAAGCCACCUAUAUCGCAUUCAUGCGGGGAGAGAAUGCUCCUUUUACUGAGAUUGACAACGCUUUGAAAGACCAAAUUGCGGAGAAGAACAAGGGUAUGGUUGCUGAAGUUGCAGACUUGAAACUCAAAUUAAAACAUCAGCAUGUGGAAAUAGAAGAACAGAUGAAGCAGAAGCUUCAAGAAACGAAUAUGGAAGAAAAAUAUUUGACAAAUCAAAAGCUAAAAAAAGAUCUCGAAGUUUAUUUUGAACAAUUGGAUAAAUAUUGUGAAUCUGUUCAAAAUAAAUGCACAGCAAUGCAACAGAAAAUAGAAGAAAUGGAGAAUCAAGCUACUCAAAUGGAAAUGGCGAAUAAAGAAAUUCAAUCUGUUGUAGUUGGCCAGGAACUCAGUGUCGAAGAUGUCCAACAUAUGAAUAUUGAGCUCAAUCAAUUAGACGGCUCAGUAAAAUCAAUGGAAACGAGAUGUAAACAGUUGCAGGAUCAAUAUUAUGAGAAACAAAUUGAACAAUCAAAGAUGAUUGAUAAAAUCAAUUCUCAAAUCGUGGAAUACACAGAAGCAUGUAGAGAACUGGAACUCAUACCAGAGACUGCUGCUAAUGCUAACGGCAUUGAUUAUAGUCUCAGUACAGAUCGUUCUAAGAUUGAUAAAAACGUUGACAAUUUGGUUGCUGUUAUUAGACCCAAAUUGAUUGCUAUGAAAGGUUCGUUUCUGAAGGAUGUUGGCAGAUUACAGCAGGAAAGACAUCAUAAUGCUACUAUCAUAGAACAGUUGAAAGAACAGAUUAUGGAUCAGAAACGAUCAAAAGAAAAUGUUUCGCAACAACUCGAAAAAUUAAAGGAUGAAGAAGAACAACAAAAGAUUGAUUUUGACAAAGCAGAGGAGGAACAAAGAAAAGAUCUUGAAAGGUUAAAGGAAGAUAUUCAGAGUUUGAAAACAAUGAACUCACUCUCACUUGAAGAUGUUAAAGCUCAAGUUAAGAUUGAGAGAGAGAAAUUAAGAACCACUGAACUGAGAAACGAGAAAGAAGAAGAUGAAAUGGAUGAAUCACUGAUAAGAAUUUCUGAAAUGUGUUUGUCGCAAAAAUCAAAAAUUGAUGAAAUAGUAAAAACGUUUUACAGUGAUAUCAGAAAGACCAACGAGAAAUUUCUCCCAUUAUUUGACGAUUUGAGACAGAAGAAUGAAAGUUUAAAAGCAAAAGUGGAAUCGUUGGCUGCUCAAUUCAAACAAAUAAUAAAUAAAUGAAUUCUCAAGACAUCUUGUAUUGUUGAGAAGCUUGAAAUUUGACUUGGUUUCACCGACAGAUAUUAUAUUGGCUAGCUUCGUGCAGAGAAGUCUGCCUUUCGGGCGAUACUGAGUCAAAAUUACAGGGUGUUCAUAAAAAAAAAUUUAUAAUUACAAUCUUGUUAUGAAGACAGUUCUCAGUAUAUCUUAACCAGGUUUGUUGUUUUUUAAUCAGUUAUUGUAUACUUAACUCAUUUAAUACAUCUGUGACGACCAAAACAAUAUAGGGUAUCAAUAAAAUCCAUUUGCAAUUUUGAAAGUUUUCGAGACUUUAUGGACUCCUAUAUAUUUGAUCAUAUCUGAUUACUCCAUCCUGCCGUGCUAAAGCACUACCUGAUUGGUUGUGGUUGAAUAGUUAAAAAAGUAGGUUUUUGAAUAAGUGCCUUCUAUGGACAAUUGUGUAUCAGACUAUUAUUAAAAACUUGAUUGCAAUAUCUUUUGAAAAAAGUCGAUUUUGACCUAGUCAUAGACCUCUCAGUGCCUUGGUUGGUCAUAAUUAAGGAGAUUCUUUUUUGCGAAAUAAUGUGGCUCAAUCAUAUUUAUGGGAAUUCCACUUCUAUGUCUCAUCUUCAUACCUUCCUUCACUGACGAUUUUCAUGAUAAUAAUAACACACUGCCUUAUUACUUACUGUUUAGUAACAUUUCUUUUUGAAAAUAAAAUUUUUCGUUAUUUUGUAAAUGCCGGUGAUUUUGUUUUUCUUUGCAUAUUGGUAUGUAAAUAAAACGUCACUGAAUUCUUGCA